AUGACUGGUAAAAGUUCAAUUACUCAGCCAGCAACCAGACAUGGAACCAACAAACCGACCAAAUAUGAUUUAGCUGAUCCAGAAUGGACCAAAAGGAUUCCAGAUUGUCCAACAUACUACCCAUCAGAGCAUGAGUUUGACCAUCCUUUAGUUUUUCUGCAGAAAAUAGCUCCUGAGGCUUCUAAAUAUGGUAUAUGCAAUAUUGUUUCUCCAAUUGCAGCCUCUAACCCAGCUGCUUUUGUCUUAAUGUAAGAGAAAAAGGAUUUCAAGUUUGAAACAAACUUACAGCCUCUUCGUCUGUCUAAAUGGAAUGAGAAGGAAACAAUAACCUUUUCUAUGAGUGGCAGAAAAUAUACAUAUCAUGAAUUUGAGGCUCUUGCAAACAAGACAUUUUUCAGUAGAUUUCACUGUUCUGGAGGUCUUUCUUCUUCAUGUGUGGAAAAGGAGUUCUGGCAUGAGAUGAUGCAUGGAGAGAUGGGAACAGUUGAGUAUGGAGUCAAUGUUGAAGGUAGUGCCUUUUCAUGUGAUCCUGAUGACAGGCUUGGAAUAAGCAAAUGGAAUUUGAAGAAUUUCUCACGGCUGCUGCAGUCAUCCUUACGUUUAGUUGACAAGGAAAUUCCCGGAAUAACUGAUCCUAUGCUUUACAUUGGAAUGUUGUUCAGUAUGUUUGCAUGGCAUGUAGAAGAUCAUUAUUUGUACAGCAUAAAUUAUCAUCACUCAGGUGCAAGUAAAACUUGGUAUGGAGUGCCUGGCUAUGCAGCCCCUCAUUUUGAAAAGACCGUAUUAAAACACGUGUAUUGCAAUAAGAUCUUAACAAAACAUGGAGAGGAUGGAGCUUUCUGGUUUCUUGCACAAAAAACAACCAUGUUCCCACCAAAUGUUAUGUUACAACAUGAUGUGGAUGUUUACAAGGCUGUACAGAAACCAGGAGAGUUUAUCAUCACCUUUCCUAGAGCAUAUCAUGCUGGAUUUAGUCAUGGUUUUAACUGUGGAGAAGCAGUAAAUUUUGCCACUGAUGACUGGUUUCCAUUUGGGGCAGCAGCCAGCAGGCGUUAUGCACUUCUCAGAAUGAUGCCUUUAAUUCCAUAUGAGGAACUUCUUUGUAAAGAGGCAAUGUUAGUUUACAAGUCCUCCUCAAGAGUCAGAAGUUCCAAGAACAAGCCAGAAGACACAGCACCUUAUAAAGCUAUAGUGCAGCCUUUCUUGCAUCUUAUGCAAUUUUAUAUGACAUCCCUUUUGCGACUGAAGAGUUCAAGAAACUUGCAAAGUUAUUCAAAUACAUCAGGUUUGCUGAUAUGCCGCAUAUGCCACAGGGAUUGUUAUGUGGCUUACCUGCUAUGCAAGUACUGCUUUUCUCAUCCAAUUUGUCUUUUCCAUG